UAAAAUUGCACAAAUAGGUAACAACAAAGACAAACUCAUUUGAUUAAGAUAGAGCUACUUAUAGCAUUUAUUACACUAGGUAUAACAUGAAUAAUCAUGAACACUCAUUAUUCAUGUUCCCAGAAUAAAUCAAUAAUUCAGAUCAAUGGAUGAUGGAUCAUUACAACAUUAUGAUUUUUCUUUCUCUUCUUUUACUCAACUGUCCACUACUAUACAAUUACAUGUGUGGGCUCUGUAGCUCUAGGUCAGAUUGCACACAUCAAAAGUGUCCUUUUUCUGUAAACAUCAUUCAUUUAAAAAAAAAAAGUCACAUGUCCAUCCAAUUCCAUAAAUAGAACUCACACUUCACUUCCCACGACCACAUCACUUCACAUCUAUAUCCAAAUUUUACUUUCUUUCUCUUUAUAUAUUCUCUAUACUGCUAUAUACACAAACUAGAAACUGUAAAUGGAUCCUUCUUUCAAAGGAGACCAAGAAAUGUUAAAAAUCAAGAAACAAGGUCAUCAAGAUCUUGAGUUAGGUUUGAAUCUUUUGCCAAGUGCUACGACCUCAUCAGAGCUCAAUCUCAUGGAUUCUUUCAAAACCAGCUCAUCGUCGACUUCUCAUCAUCAUGGCAAUCAUCAAGAACAUUUGGAAAAUCCGAGAGUGUUCUCGUGCAAUUAUUGUAAGAGAAAGUUCUAUAGCUCCCAAGCACUAGGCGGCCACCAAAACGCUCAUAAACGCGAACGCACCUUAGCCAAACGAGGACAGUACUACAAGAUGAGUCUCUCAUCCUCGUCUCCUUCUUCAGCGUUCGCUUUUGGCCACGGUUCAGUCAGCAGAUUCGCAAGCCUGGCAUCCUUACAGUUACAUGGCUCGGCUAAUAACAGAUCAACGCUAGGGAUCCAGGCUCACUCAGCGAGUCAUAAUCCCUUGUUAGGAAGACAAACAGCGAGUUUAACUCAGGUUUUCAAACAUACCAUUCACCAGAAAUCAGGCACCGGAAAGAUGUUGCCGGAGAAAUUUCACCUUGAAGUCGCCAGCAGUAAUAACACUAUUGCUCCUAAGUUGGAGAUAAUUGGACAUUUCAAGAGCAAAGAAGAAGAUAAUAAUCAGUUUAAGAAGAUUGACUUGACUCUUAAGCUAUGAUAUCUUAAUCUUCAUCUUCUUUUUAGUCUUCAUUACUAUACAUUUUUGGUUUUUAUUAUCUUUUGAUUCUUAUCUUUGUUUAGUAUAAUGAUUGACAGGAUGUGUUAGAGUUCCAUUAAUCAAGUUGUACCUUUCCCCCUCAAUAUAUGUUGGUGUGAUUCAAUA